GCUCGAGCGGUUUCUCUGGUACAAGGUUCGGCGAGGGCGGACUUUGGCGUCUUGUUCAAUGCAUUUUGAAAAAAAAAGAAAAAAGCAUAUUAUAUCAACGUCUUGGUUUUCCCCAUACACCCUGCUUGCGGGGCCCAUUUUAGACGAAGAGGACAAGCCAUGUUAUAAAAGGUAGAGAGGACGACUGGUGUGCCGUAGCUGUCCCUUUCACCCGUAUGUGAGAGAGUGGAGGUGUGAAGAUGAGUCUCCGUGGUGAUCUCCAAGAGAGGCUGCCUGAUGCUGAAAUGAACUGGAGUGCUGAGGAGGAGGAGGAGGAAGAGGAGGAAGAGGGAUGGGGACCUGAAAGGAAUAUAUUUCUGCUGCGUGGAGAAACCUCGGCAGGAGCCGCCGCGGGCCUUAAACGGCCCCGAGACAAUAGGCCUCCGUCUCCAGCCCCCAGUUAUGACUCCAUGACGAGCGAUGUGCAAUCGGACGAGCUACGAUUCGACGAUGACUUCAGUGACGGCAACGAAGAGCCUCUGCCCACCGGCCCAAGCCUUCAGCUGGAGAGGCCAGACUCCUCUGCAUCCAGCUGCUGUUCUAUGGCAAGUGAUGUAUCAACGGAAUCUUUUUCUGUGGGACCAAGACCACGGACGAAAGAAUUAGACAAAGAAGAGGUUAAGGCCCUGCUUGGUGUCAGUGCAGAGGAGAGGCACCCUGCUAUGAGUUCAGCUUUUAUGUCACAGGCGUUGCAAGCCACUCUGGCAAAAUUAAAGGAAGGAUAUCUGCGAUAUUUCAAGAGCUGUCUGGUGGAACGUUACCCGCAAAUCUUUACGAGUUCUGUACAGGAAUUUGAGAUCCCGGGCCUAGUUGAUAAGAUGCUGGAAAGAUGUGACAUUGAAGGCUCUCUGAAGAUCUCCCUGCUCAUCCUGGAAGACAUAGAACUGCAGUAUGAUGCUAAUUCCCUGCGGGGGAUGUGCAAGAGACAUGAAAUGCAGUACGACUUGAAGGCCAGUCUGAAGGAGAAGUAUUCCUUGAUAUUCGAAGGGUUAGAGAAGCAUGGCAGUCCGACCCUCUUGGACGAUAUUUUCACAGAGCUCCACAUCACAGCGGCAGGAAACGCAAGAAUAAAUACUGAACACGAGCUGAGGCAGAUCGGGAAAAUGGUGCCGACAGAGUCUAAAGAGCCGAAUUUAAUCAAUUGUAGAGAACUGUUUCAGACGUCGGGUGGCUACAGGGAACACCUUCGAUUUCUGAUGUUGAAGGGGAUAGCUGGUGCAGGAAAGUCAGUCUGUGUGCAGAGGUUCAUUCUCGACUGGGCUAAAGGAGAAGGCGAUCAGGGUAUGUACUUUGUCUUUCCGAUUCCUUUUCAGGAACUGAAUUGCCUGGCGUCGGAACAAUACAGUCUGAUAGAGCUCAUUCACCUCUUUUUUCCGGAAAUGAAAAAGCUAGAUACCUUCUGCGCGCUCGACGGCUACAAAGUGUUGUUCAUCUUCGACGGCCUGGACGAAUGUGAACUUCCGUUAAGGUUCUCCCAGAAUGAGAUGUGGUGCAGUCAAACCUCGCCCACCUCCAUGGACAGGUUACUGACAAAUUUAUUUAAGGGGAAUAUUUACCCUUGUGCUCAUAUCUGGGUGACCUCCCGGCCGGCAGCAACCAAACGGAUCCAUACUCAUUGCAUCCAUCGGGUGGCAGAGUUACGAGGUUUUAACGAUGCACAGAAGGAGGAGUACUUCAAGAAGACAAUCAACGACCAGACCCUGGCAAACAAAAUUAUCACACACUUGCAGUCAGAAAAGAGCCUCUCCAUAAUGUGUCACCUACCACUGUUCUGUUGGACCGUGUCAGAUAUGCUCCAGAAAACGUUUCGCGCAGCCAGCGAAGAGAUCCCCAACGUGACUGAAAUUUUCACGCAGUUCUUGCUCGUUCAGUUGAAUACCACAAGGAGUAAGUAUCACCGGAAGGAGCAGAGAGAGUAUGAAGAAGAGAGGGAUUUCUUGAUGAUUUUGGGGAAACAGGCAUUGCAAAUGCUGGAACAGAGCCUGCUGGUUCUGAGCGAAGAGCAGUGGGGACAGACCGGAAUUGGUCUCGACAAAGCAGCUGUGCAUUCCGGGUUCUGCACGGAAAUCAUCAAAGAAACGUACGCGUUGUACCGAGACAGGAUGUACUGCUUUGUACAUUUGUACAUUCAGGAGUAUCUAGCUGCCCUGUAUGUAUUUCUGUGCUUUAAAAACCAAAGCAGGAAUAUACUUGACAGCGGUAAAAUCUCAAGGAUGUUCAAAACGUCCUUAACCGACGUGCACAAAAGUGCAGUGGAUCGGGCCUUGCAGUGCGCAAACGGACACUUCCACAUGUUCCUCCGCUUCCUGCUGGGCAUGUCACUGGGGUCCAACGUGGAGCGCCUUGAAGGCAUUGUGACAAAGGUGGGAGGAGGAACGCACCUUGAGAAAACAGCCCAGUACAUCAAGAGUAAACUGAGGGAGAACCACUCUGAGGAGAAGCUGAAACAUCUGAGGAGAUGUCUAACUGACAUACUACCGCUUCACUCCACAGCUUGAGACCUCUUUCACGGAUUGGUUUUGUGCCACAGUGCCUGGCUCUUGUCUCCGAUCGGUGCAUGUCGGAGUGGGUACAUGGCAGAGGACUGUAAUGCAGGGUUGUUGGAUAAUGUUUGAUGCCCCUGGUGGUCAUGUUGGAAGACCACUGCUUUUGAUACUCUACCAACAGCAACAACAUUUCAUGUCAUGUCAUUUGGUUGACGCUUUUAUCCAAAGCGACUUACAGCUGAGGCUGUGCGGAUCUUAUCGUGGCUACACCGGGGAUUUGGACCACCGAUAGUCAUGUACCUUUAACGACAACGCAGAAAAAGAAAAGCACUAAAAAGAAAAGAUGCAAUGACUGCAAAAAAAAAAAAAAAAAGACUUUGGAUUGCCAUUUUUUGACCUGAACAUUAUCGCCCUCUCUUUUGAAUAUUUUUGCUUUGGACCCGCUUGCGUGUAAGGUCUCUAUUUUAUGAGUGCGGUGAGCUGUUACACUGACAAAGUGGUAUUUUCGUGCCGUUUGGUAAUUUGGUAACUUGCUGGGUGGUGCUGUGGGGCAGUGAAGAACAUUAUUACACUACAUUAAUGGCAUUUUGGCAGAUGUUCUUAUCCAGAGCAACGUGUACAGUUGAUUAGACUAAGCAGGAGACAAUCCUCCCCUGGAGCAAUGCAGGGUUAAGGGCCUUGCUCAAGGGCCCAAUGGCUGUGAGGGUCUUAUUGUGGCGACACCGGGAUUAGAACCACCGACCUUGCGGGUCCCUCUACAGGCUGCCCAGAACAAGCGUUGCUGCAUUGUCUGCCUGCUUAGAACAGGUCUUUGACCUCUGGUCUAAGUUGCAGCCCAGUGUAUGGCAAGUUGUGAAUGUUGGGACUUUCCCAGUCAAAUGCGUGCAUUCAAAAGCCAUUCAACCAUUUCUGUUGCAUAGUAAUGUAACAAUAUCCAAUUUCACUGAUAUGAGUCCUCCAAGUGCAUCAUUUGUGUUUAUUGUUUACUGUCUGUUUUAUAGUGUUCAUUCCUGAAUUUAUCAGUUUUUAAAUUCUGUAUGGCUGUUGGUUCUGUUAGUACUGCUUUAGGUUAUUUUUCUGUAAUGAGAAGAAUUCCAAUAACAAAAAUAUAUUAGCAUGUUUUAAAAAUAUUAUACAUUUUAGAAUGAUUAAUUCAAACAAAUUAUGCCUAGCAUUUACAUAGUGUUUUUCUCACACUUUAAAGCAGGGGUGUCAAACUCCAGUCCUGGAGGGCCAUAGUGUCUACAGGCAUUUGUGGUUUCCUUUCAAUCAGCAGCCAAUUAAGGCCUUGAGAACUGUGACUCUUUUGUGGACUCUUUUUAACCAAAUGAAAGACUUAGAAAUGUAUCUCUCGCGCUGAAACGCACCAAAGACCAGCAGCGACUGCGUUCCCUCCAGGGCUGGAGUUUGACACCCCUGCUCUGUCGUGAGCUUCGUACCGUUUGGGACAAAGACAUGUUUGUUUCUUGUCCCUCGACAAUUUAAAAUGUGCAGUCAAGUCCACAUUAAAGUAGUUAAAAGUGUACAUUUAGGGUUUUAUUUUGCUUUUGUUAUGUUGUGACAUUAAAGACGUUAAAAUUAAUAAUAUUAAUAAUCAUUAAAGCACUUUUUGACCUCCCC